CGCUGAGAACGGAGAGAGGUUCCUGCAGCUUCUGUGGGUUUUGCCGUGACGUGACGCGCAGUGUUGUCUGAUGUUUGUGUGCUUACCGGGGCGAAGAAGACCCAAACAAAAGGGAUAUCUGUCCGAAGGUCCUCUUUAAGAUAAAGUUUUUCCCCCAGAGGCACCAUGGAUGAAGAAGAGCAGUUUGUGAACAUUGAUCUGAACGAUGACAAUAUCUGCAGUGUCUGCAAGCUAGAGACGGAAACAGGGACCUUAUCUUUCUGCCAUGUCUGCUUCGAACUCAGCAUUGAAGGUGUGUCCUCUGCUACCUUGUUGCACUCAAAGUCCCUGCGCGGCCACAGAGACUGCUUUGAGAAAUACCACCUCAUUGCCAACCAGAAGCUGUCACGUUCCAAGGUCUCCAGAAGUGCCUACGAGGGCAUGAAGCUGGCCCUCAGCCAGAAACUGAACCGCAUCAUCCAGUAUGCCCAGAACAAAGACUCUGUCUCCUCCAAUGGCCCCAGCCGACGGGGGGCCAAGCUUCUUUGUUACAGCCAGCAAAGUGACUGCAAGCUGCUGCCCCAGUCAGAUGCCCAGGUGCCCCGCUACGCACCCCACUGGGAAACAGGCAAAGCAACAGGGCUGCCCGAUUACACUAUGGGGAUGCUGGAAUGCCACACAGCGGAGGAACUCGGGCUGCUGCAGGAGUCACAAGGUGACGUCUGGUCCAGUGACGGCAGGAAAGGUCUACACAACCGGAAUCAACCGUCAGGAGGACAGACACAGCACAGACACCAGGGCCACAGCAGAGAUGAAUUGACUAAAAUGAGUGUGGAUGAGCUACAUCAGCUGAAUGCCCAGCUACUGAUGCAGAUUCAAAAGGUCUUCGAGGAGCUGACUGUGGCUGUGCAGGAGAAAGACUCGUUGGCGUCAGAGUUACACGUGCGUCACAUCGCCAUCGAGCAGCUCUUUAAGAACUGUGCCAAGCUGCCCUGGCUGCACAUUAGCAGGGCCGGGGUGAAGGCCAGCAGCAGCAGCACUGGCAGCCCCGUGGAGUAAGGUGCUGGAAGAUAGCGGGAGGUCUGUCCUGUCUCUGCUACUGGGAGGAAGCUGACAAAACACCUCCACGUGCUGGCUGCAGCGAGGCUGAAAAAUGCCUUGAUGUAUACUGACUGACUUUUACAACACUACGAUGAUGUUGAGUUUUUAGCUCUGCAUUAGGACAGCAUUAAGGGCUGCAUUGACAUGGCCUCCGAUCUCGUGGUUGCGGUGAUGAUGCAAGGAUUAAUGAAGGUUUGCAGUUUUUAAAAAAAAAUUGCUGGUUUGGCAUGUGACCUGAAUUCUACCCAACCCAAUCUAAGUACCCAGUAAGCAUGUCUUCUGGGUACUUAGAGUCGUCUGGCCCCAGUACACGAUGAGGACAUGUUCUUACUGGACAUGAUCCUUUGAAGAUUUACCUUAAUACAGACUGAGAAACUCCUUUUCUACAUAAUUUCACAAAAACGGUAGCUGUUGGUUUUAUUUAGUUUUGUUUAUUUUGCUGUCCAAAAUUUCAGUUUUCAUUGUUUCAUUUUCUGUAGAUAUAUCCUCUUAAGCUUUUUUUUUUUCUUCUGAUUAUGUCAUCCGCGGAUAUUCAAAUAUGGGUUUUAGCACUGCUUAAUGCUCCUCCAUAUGCUAUCUGAUGGUUCUCUGUUGAGGAGAGUUACAGUAUUUUAUAACAUGGCUCUGGUGAAUACUUAAUGCAGAGUAGCUGGAUGGUGUCAGUCUUAUUCAUACUUUAAGGCACUGCCAGCAUUAGUGUUUAAUUACCGUUCUAACAUAAAGCGCUAACAUGGUUUAAGCUUCGUCUGCAGCUGCACACUGGCAAUAUAACGGCUUGAAACGAGUUAUCGAUUUGCAUUCAAACUGCCCAAAUUUGACAUGAUUAUUUGUAAACUGUGGUCUUCAGAAGAAUUUACAACUGUAUAUAUCAGGUAGAUUCGAUAGUAAUGAACUUCUUCUGCUAAAGAAAAUGCCAAUAAUUAUACAUACUGACAGUGACAAAGCUUUGCCGAAUUCCUUUAAAAUAACACCUUUAAAAUUGUAACAUAUUGAUCAAGUCUUAUCUAGAAAAUAGCAUGAGCAAGUGCAAGACAACACCCAAAAGUACCCUACAGCAUCACUGCAACAAAGACAAAUCAGAGUGUGAAAGUUACCAAAGCUAUACUAGCUGUGCAGUUUUUUGUUUGUGAUGUGAUGACUAUUUUGAGAGUGUCCAUGAUCUAAUACUUGGUAACAGUUGUAUGACAAGUAUUAAGUAGAAAUAUCAGUUAAUAUACCCUCUCAAUGGCUUAAAGUUAUACCUAUUCUGUUUUUUUCUCUAUUAUUGCUGGUGAGAUUUACUUGAUAUUUAGUACAAAGCUGUUUAUUGUCUGUAUAGUGGUCAAGCACAAGUUGUAUGUAUGGCUAUACGCUGGAUGGGCGUUAUUGGAAGAGGAAAGUUGAAACUACUGGAAAAGAAAUCCAGCUGCCAAACCAAAGUCUGUAUUUGUUCUAUAUGUGAACUGCAAGCAUUUGGCUGAUAUAGAUUCCAUUAACAGAGCAAGAUGCAAUACCAAACUGAUUUAAAAUGUGGCUUAGUGAUUUACUUCUAGGUUUGGUUCAAUGUGUGUGGUAAUGAAACAUAGAUUUUUACUCUAAAGGUGAUGCUGUGGAAAUGAUUUGUUCUUGUAUACACAGUGUAUGAUUUACGAUUAGUUUUAUUUAUCUUUUUCAUUUUUUCUUUCCUGUCCAAUGUUAACUUUUGUUGCCCUUAUGUGUGAGAGCUUAGUUGAUGUCACAGCAAUACAAACAGGAUAUUUGGUCUACUGUGCCUCUGGAGGUCCCUGAUUUUAGAUCAAAAGGAGACUAAGAAGGACAGGGAUGGUAUUAACAGUAUCAGUGUUUUAAGCCUGCAGUUUUGGUUAGUUUAUUAUUCAGGAACCCUAUGCAAGAAAGAGACUAAUAAAUCAGAAGCCUUAUUUAGUAGAAAAUAUUUGUUAUCUGAGUUUUUCUCAGAGGUCACAGAGCUACUUGAUUAUAAUAAGCUGGGGAAAGACUAGGUUAUUAAUCAGAUUGGUGUUUAGACAAACUCAGCAUUGUCAGUGUAUCUCUUUUGCUCUCUCUUUGUAAGAGAUUUAAAUGUAUUUGACCCCUUUUAGGGUUUAAAGUUACAAGUUUUAGCUCCAUUUUAAACGUGUAUCUUUAUUUGGAUAACUGAAUUCAGUGUGCUUGAGUAUUCAGAUUAUUGGUCCUUAAUGCAAAUUUUCAGUCAUUCAGUCUUCAGUUGUAUGUUUUUUAUUUGUGUUUUAAAUAUGAAUGCCGUGUGUUUUUGUAUACUGUGGAAACAUGGCUGGGCCUUUGCCUCUGCUCAGCAGUUUUUGGUCGUGUGUUCUGGUGCUUGUUAUCUUUUGCUGGAGACGUAAGCAUACCUGUUACACUUCCACCUCCUACCUUUUUUGACUUGACUCUUCAUUUGUUUUCUAAUGUUGAACAAGGCUGCAUUUGUGUUGUGUGAUGUUUUACAUUCUAUUUAUUGUGUGUGUUCAUGGACCUUACACAGCCUGUGUGAUUUGUGCUUUGUAUUUUUUUGUAAAAUAUUUCAAUAAAAUGAAAUUAUUUUUACUACA